AUGGCUCUGCUCAUCGUCUGGGUCUGCGUCGCCGUGAGCGUAGAGAAGGCGCUGGGGGCCCAGGGCGACGGGGCGGACCCCUACUCGGAAAACAUCACUCGCAUCCUCGACAAGCUGUUGGACGGCUACGACAACAGGCUCCGACCGGGCGUUGGAGGCGCCGUGACAGAAGUCAAAACGGACAUCUACGUGACCAGCUUUGGGCCGGUGUCCGACGUGGAGAUGGAAUACACAAUGGAUGUCUUCUUUCGGCAGACAUGGACUGAUGAGAGGUUGAAGUUUAGUGGACCAACUGAAAUUUUGCGAUUGAACAAUUUAAUGGUCAGUAAAAUUUGGACACCAGACACAUUUUUUAGAAAUGGAAAAAAAUCAAUUGCUCAUAAUAUGACAACUCCAAACAAACUUUUCAGAAUUAUGCAGAAUGGAACUAUUCUUUACACAAUGAGACUAACCAUUAAUGCUGAUUGUCCUAUGCGGCUGGUGAACUUCCCUAUGGAUGGACAUGCUUGUCCAUUGAAGUUUGGAAGCUAUGCUUAUCCAAAAAGUGAAAUAAUUUAUACAUGGAAAAAAGGACCCCUGCAUUCAGUAGAAGUACCACAGGAGUCUUCCGGUCUCCUCCAGUAUGACCUCAUAGGACAAACUGUAUCUAGUGAAACAAUUAAAUCGAAUACAGAUGAAUAUGUAAUCAUGACAGUUUAUUUCCACUUGCAAAGGAAGAUGGGCUACUUCAUGAUACAGAUAUAUACUCCAUGCAUUAUGACAGUCAUUCUUUCUCAGGUGUCUUUCUGGAUUAACAAGGAGUCUGUUCCAGCCAGAACAGUUUUUGGCGAAUAUUCACUUCAGCUGCUUUAUUUCCAUCUUCAAAGGAAAAUAGGCUACUAUGUCAUUCAGACAUACAUUCCAUGCAUCAUGACUGUAGUCCUGUCUCAAGUAGUGUUUUGGAUCAACAAAGAAUCUGUUCCAGCAAGAACCGUGGCUGGAAUCACUACGGUUCUAACAAUGACCACUUUAAGCAUCAGCGCACGCCAUUCUUUGCCCAAGGUCUCCUAUGCUACUGCCAUGGAUUGGUUCAUAGCUGUGUGCUUUGCCUUUGUCUUCUCUGCACUUAUUGAGUUUGCAGCUGUCAACUACUUUACCAAUCUUCAGACUCAGAGAGCAAUGAGGAAGGCAGCCAGGGCAGCAGCACUGGCAGCAGCACUAUCAGCAGCAACUGUACCGGCAGAGGACGAGAUUGUCUCGCAUUCUGACUCCAGCUGUAAUCUGAAGAAGCGAGUAAACUCCGUAACAUCUCAGGCAGAUCAGUCUCCUGAAGCCAGCAUAACAUCAAAUAGAGCAUCCCAGUGUCAACCAGUGUGUGUUCCUCCAGUAGUCCCACCACCACCUAUUGGAGGCACAAGUAAAAUAGACCAGUAUUCUAGGAUCCUCUUCCCAGUGGCUUUUGCAGGAUUCAACCUGGUAUACUGGGUCGUUUAUCUUUCAAAGGACACUAUGGAAUUUUUUGAACCUACUGCAAUGCAUCUUCGAAAUGACCAUCAGUCCAACUGAA